AUGUCUAAAAAGCAAAAUUCUUAGUCAACUCCAGAGAUUCUACAAUAUAAAGUCCGACCACAAAACCAUUAUUAAAUCGAGUAGUUGGUUUUAAAUGACAUGAAAAAAAAAAUACUAAAUGAUGAGAUGAAUUCCAUCUAAUUCUAUGAUAUUAUACAGCCAGAUAUGGUAUUCCUGAUUCAUAUUUAGAAUGAAAUUGUGGCCACUAAUCCAAAGGAUCUAACGAAAAAGCCAAUCAAAUUGCAUAAAAAAGUAAAACGCUCAGAUUUAGAAUCAAAUCUCAGAAACAAAUUAAUAAAUGAACCUGGUGGUAAAUUGUUACUCUAAGAAAUUUAUGAAAUUUUGGAUGAAGACGAUAUGACUCAAUAAGUAAAACCUGUACUUCACAAAGAAGAGUAAUUCAAGGGAAAUACAUAGUAUAAGUAAGAAAGUGAUGAUUUGAUGGUGGCCAAUUUGGACUAAUGGUGGAAGUAAGUGAAAGUGAAGAAAUAGUAAGAAUUUGAGAAGAAGUAAUUAGAGCUUGAGAAAGAAAAAUAGGUAAUAGCCUAAAUCUAAAAGGCAGUAUCAAUCUCAUCACUGAGGAGAGGUGCUGUAGAUAAAAGAACCAAUACCACGAUCUUGCCAGCCUUCCCCAAAUUGAUGUAAUCUCAAUCAUCUGAUGAUAAAUCUCCAAAAACUGAAAGCUAAACUCUUUUUCAGGCUAAAAUCAAAGGUUCUUUGGCCAAAUUAUCAAAUUAAAAGAAGGCUGAAUUGUUACAUCAAGAUAUUGGUUUGGUCAAAUAAUUAGAUAAGUAUCAUUAAUAAGGAUCGACCUUAACUUAAUAAGAAUUAAUUAAUAUUGAAUAGGCUAGGCAGAAGUAAUCACAUGAAGAGAAAUAGACAGAUACACUGAUUUUUGAUUACACUGUAGAGGGGCUCAAAAAUAGUUUACAUACAAGAAUCAAAAUGAAUUUAACCCAUUUCCUAAAUGCAAAUGAGAGAGCUGUUUUUUAUGAAAAAUAGACCCAAUCAAUUUUACAAUAGAUAAAUUCGAAAUUAGAUAAAUAAAAAAAGAUUGUGGGUAAAAAUGAACGUGAUCUCGAAAAUUUGAGGAUGGAAAAUCAUGAGAUCUACAAUAGACUUAGGUCUAUUGAAAAUAUAUAAAAACAAUUAAAAGAAGAGCUGGGCAAUGUUGGAAACAACAACAAUAAUUAAGUCUAAAAAUCCAACAAAUCAUCAAAUGUGGAUUUUUAUAUGGCCUCAGUUGGAAAAUAAAAUGAAAUAGACUCUUAAUUAGAAACUAUGAAAGAUAGUUAUAAGAAAUACAAAAUACAAAUUUAACUCAAUUUUAAAUAAAUAGAAAAAUUAGAAGCUGAAAACUCUAAAUUAAAUAAAAAUAAUAAAGAAUUAUUAAAAUCUAUUUAAGGAUUUCUUUAGGAAUUGCUUAAAAUUGGUCUCGAUUGUAGAAAAUAAGGAUUAAGUUGGAUUAUUAAGGCUAUUUGGGAUACAAAUGAAAAAUUAAGGGAUGAGAAUUUUCCUUCUUAUUUAGAUUCUAAAGGAAGAGAAUUCCUAAUAUUAAAAGCCAAAAAAAUGGUUGAAUUAAAUGAUUUAUUUAUUAGAGCUCAUCAACUAUUUGGAAGCUACCAUGGAAGGUUAGAAACCUCAUAAGAUAAUUUAAACAAUUCGAUAUUAUCCAUUUUAUCUAAAAAUCAUUUUUCGUAAAUUGAUUCCGAAGAAAUUAAAAACAAGACAUUAAGAGAAAGAAGAAUGAAAUCUAGUGGAGAGAUCAAUCUGUUACUUAAAGGAUUAAAUAGGGAAGAAAAGUAAUGUGUCUAAGGAACUCUUACAUCGAUUUUUUAAAGUAAACAAACUUUAAAUGACAUAAUUUACACUGAAGCACAAAAAAAGAUUUAGAAAAUGUUUAAGACUGAAACAAGCAUGGCAUUAGAGUAAUCGUUUAUAGCUGAAGAUAAAGAGAGAUUAAUAAGAGAAUAUUAAUAAAUUUAACAAGAUAUUGAAGCGAAGGAGAUUAUGUUUAAGAAAUUUGAAGAUUUAGAACUGUAGAGGAUUGUGAAAGAAAUAGAUUACAAAAAGUAUUUACAUAGAUUUUCUGUGGAACCCUUAUAAGUAUUAUCUGCAUUAUUUGGAUACGUAUGA